AUGGUGACCACACAACCUAACCAGAGGCGGAAGCAGGGGCGUGCGCAUUCUUUGGGUAUGGCGUCAGAGCAACGUGAGUAUGAAGCCAUAAUGGCACAAAUAAAGAAUAUCAUGCUACUGGCCAAUGAGGAACCACCACAAGGUGAAGAUGAGGCCUCCAUUGCGAAGCGCAUUGACUUGCUUCAACAGGCCCUUGGAGCAUUGGAGCAGAGGGCGAAGGACAACCAACUGAUGGUGGAAGUGAUGCGGACAAAUUUACUGAACAAACGGCAGGAGCGGCUCGUGGAAACGGCUCAGCAGAGACAGGAAAAGUUGUCCAAGAAGCUAGAGGAAAGAGAAAAGUUUAUCCACCUUUUGCAAGAGGACCGUAAGUAUAUGCUAAGUCAAAAACAUGAGGUAGCGGACUCACGAAUGGGUUUGGUGCAAGAGAACGCGUACAACUUGUUCACAACAGCACAUGCAAAGGCUGAGGCCGAAAGGCAGCGCAGGGAGAAGGCCGUAGAAAGGAUUUAUGAGGAACGGGCGCGUGCGGUAAAGGAACACAGGGACAGAACACAACAGCGCGAAGACCAGAAUCGUGAAGCUCUGCUGAGGCAAAAGAAACAGGAGAAGCUCCAGCGCCGGCAGAGGGAGUUGGAAAUUCAAGAGCACGAUAAGUACGUGGCGAAACGGCAAUACGAAGCGGACAGAAAGCAACAAGAGGCAAUGAGGGAGCAGUGGCAACCGUAUUUGCGUAACGGCGCUUCAAGCGCGAAUGCCCUGCAACGUUGCGGAUCUGGUAUGACUGCACAUGAGGCUGCGCGUCAGAACCUUAUGGAUGAGUUGAAGGAAAAGGAAAAGCAACACCAGGAACGAUACGAAGAAGAGCAGAUAACUAGACGUUACGAAAUAGAGAGACGGGCCUACAAACAUAAGGAGCGGCAAGAGAGGCAACGCCAGCGAUACAGUCAACAGCUGGACGAGAGAAUAAAGCGUGGUGACGAAAUAAUUGCGAAAGCGCAAGAAAAAAAGCGACGUGCUGAAAAGGCUCAGGAAAAUCGUCAGAAGCAAGAAUCAGACGCGGGCGCUGCAUUUGCUCGGGACGUAGAGGAACACCGAAAGCGGGCUGAGGCCAUUCAGUUGCAGCGCCGAGAAAAAUUUUUGAGACAGAAUUAUCUUCGAUGGAAUGAGCGUGCUGCUCUCGUCAUGCAGCAUCUGCAGGAUGUCUUUCCGCCUGAUGGACGUUGCACACUUUCGGGAGAGAAACCUUGCGGGUUCCUCCCCACGCUUGCUCCAUUUCUUGUUAACAAGCGCGGAAAUCAGCAACAGAAGAGAGCUAACACCGUAGGUUCUAACAAGGUUUCAUAA